GGCUUUUCAGAAGCGGAUACGAAGGCUCUUAUUCGGCCCAUCUAAGCCCAAAUACCGAGUUUGAGUUUCACCAUUUAUCCGCUUUGUAAAACGACAUCGUUUUGAUAGCAAAGUAUUCCAUUUCAAACUCAAUGAAACAGAUUUUUGAAAAUAUGCCUCUUCUAUUCCAAAUCAACAUACUAUAUAGAAAAUUCUUUUCGAAGAGGCGUUUUCCUCCAGUUGGGUGAGUUUGUUAUGAACCGCUUGAAGCAAAUCCAAGCUUACACCCUCAGAAAUGGCAUAGAACACACCAAACAACUCAUAGUGAGCCUCCUCCAAAUCCCCAGUAUUCCCUAUGCACACAAACUGUUCGACUUUAUUCCUAAACCAACUGUUUUUCUCUAUAACAAGCUCAUUCAAGCCUACUCUUCACAUGGGCCUCACCAUCAAUGCUUUUCCCUCUUCACUCAGAUGUGCCUCCAAGGCUGCUCACCAAAUGAACACUCCUUCACCUUCCUCUUUUCAGCUUGUGCCUCCCUUUCCUCCCACCAACAAGGCCGAAUGCUGCACACCCAUUUCGUAAAAUCGGGGUUUGGUUGUGAUGUUUUCGCCUUAACUGCCUUGGUUGACAUGUAUGCUAAAUUGGGCUUGUUAUCAUUGGCCAGAAAACAGUUUGAUGAGAUGACGGUAAGGGAUGUGCCCACAUGGAAUUCAAUGAUUGCGGGUUAUGCAAGGUGUGGGGAUUUGGAGGGGGCUUUGGAGUUGUUCAGGUUGAUGCCUGCUAGGAAUGUGACUUCAUGGACAGCAAUGAUAUCCGGGUAUGCGCAAAAUGGGCAGUAUGCGAAGGCCUUGUCGAUGUUUCUGAUGAUGGAAGAGGAGACAGAAAUGAGGCCUAAUGAAGUGACUCUGGCCAGUGUUCUGCCGGCAUGUGCAAAUCUCGGGGCAUUGGAGGUUGGGGAGAGGAUUGAAGUGUACGCAAGGGGGAAUGGUUACUUCAAGAACUUGUAUGUGAGCAAUGCUUUGUUGGAAAUGUAUGCAAGGUGUGGCAGAAUUGAUAAGGCAUGGGGGGUGUUUGAGAGGAUUGAUGAUAGGAGAAACUUGUGCUCUUGGAAUUCUAUGAUCAUGGGGUUGGCUGUACAUGGAAGACGCAAUGAGGCUAUUGAGCUUUUCUACAAAAUGCUGAGAGAAGGAGCUGCACCCGACGAUGUAACAUUUGUUGGAGUUCUUUUAGCAUGCACCCAUGGAGGCAUGGUUGUAGAAGGCCAGCAUUUCUUUGAAUCCAUGGAGAGGGAUUUCUCAAUUGCUCCCAAACUGGAGCACUAUGGAUGCAUGGUUGAUUUGCUGGGUCGUGCUGGAGAAUUGAGAGAAGCUCAUGAUCUCAUACUAAGAAUGCCAAUGGAACCAGAUUCUGUGGUUUGGGGGACUCUUCUGGGGGCAUGCAGCUUCCAUGGCCAUGUAGAGCUGGCUGAAAAGGCAGCUGGGGCUCUCUUUGAGCUUGAGCCAUCGAAUCCUGGAAACUAUGUCAUUCUUUCCAAUAUUUAUGCAACUGCAGGCCGAUGGGAUGGGGUUGCAAGGCUAAGGAAGCUCAUGAAAGGUGGCAAGAUUACAAAGGCAGCUGGAUAUAGUUUCAUUGAGGAGGGAGGCCACAUUCAUAAAUUCAUUGUGGAGGAUAGAUCACAUUCAAGAUCUGAUGAGAUAUAUGCAUUACUGGAUGAAGUUUCAAUGAAGAUGAAGCUUCAGGGGAAUGUAAAUGAUUCAGAUUCUGAAAUCGAAACAGCAUGCCUAAUGGAGUGAUAGCUCCAACUUCACAAGCCCUUUGCUGCAGAUUUCAGUUGCUGCAGAUUGCCCAAAUAAAUGUAAAACAACCGAGAACUUCAUUUCAGGACAUGUAAAAUCUGGCUACAGGUUCAGAAAUUACAAACAAUGGAUUCAAAGCCCUUUGCUUCAAAGUAAGAAGAUAACUGGAUUCAGAAUGACAGCCUACUGAAACCGGCAAUGAAACGAUACUUUUGAUUCCAAUUGGUUCGUGCCUUUUCUUGCAGUAUGGAACAAGGUAUCAUUGUGCAGAAAAUCAAAGUUAUCAAAGAAUAAUAUAACAAUUGUUGACCUGA